AAAUUAUUCUUGCUUUUUACUCCUCAAUCAGUUAUAUUAAAUUCAAAUUCGAGUUCUUGAAUACAGGUUUGGCACGAUUGUUGAUUAACGAAACGUUAGGUUAUACAUAAUCUAUUUAGUUGAUUUGAUUCAUUCACGUGCUCCGAACGUAAACAACUUCGCCUGAGACAUCAGAUCCGCAGGUGAAAAGUGAAAGUAGUGGCAGAUGGCAAAGAUAAGUGAAGAGGACACUGUCGCAUCCGAAAAUCAGGAAAUGCCAACAAUAAAUGCAGAAUUCGAACCAGUGAGAACUGAUGAAAAUGAGGACGAAUUCAAGCCAGGAGAGAAGUUAAGAAUAUGGAAAAAUGUACUCGUUCUUGGUUUUGCCUUCAUGCUACAUUUCACCGCCUUCUGGGGUGCUUCUAAUCUCCAGAGUUCAGUGAACGCUGAUGAGGCCCUAGGAACUUUCACUUUAGCCGCCAUUUAUUCAUCCUUGAUAAUUUCGAAUAUUUUCCUAUCGUCGUUCGUUAUCGACAUAAUGACAAUAAAAUGGACGAUGUGUUAUGCGUUCAUUACUUAUAUGCCGUUCAUAGGAGCUCAAUUUUAUCCAAAAUUCUACACAAUGAUACCAGCAGGACUAGCAGUUGGAUUAGGUGGAGGACCAUUAUGGUGUGCCAAGUGUACAUAUCUUACUAUAAUAUCAAGGGCCUACUCGAAAAUAACAGGCGUGCCUUCGGAAAUAAUCUAUCCAAGAUUUUUCGGCAUAUUCUUUAUGUUCUAUGCCAUGUCUCAAGUAUGGGGAAACCUGAUUAGCUCAGCUGUGCUAUCAUCUGGCGAACCGGCUCCUAUUCUAUCGGAUAAUGGGACCCUUCAAAAUAUUACCAGUGUAUUCACUGAGACUCUUUCUGAAUUGGGAAGUGAUGAAAUAUGUGGCGCCAAAUUCUGCCUAGCUGAACUGAACAAAACUGCAAAUCCAAACUUGCAGAAACCACAGGAUUCCAAAAUCAGACUUAUUUCCGGCAUUUAUUUGGUAUGCAUGUUACUAGCAUCACUAAUAAUCGGAAUUGGGCUAGAUUCGAUGAAAAGAUACACAAAAAGGAAGAAUGGAGAUACCAUUAGAAUUUCAUCCUGGAAAUUAUUGGCUGUUACCUGCAAGCAUCUGCGGAAUCCAUUUCAGUUACUUCUCUUGCCUAUCAUGAUGUUCAUAGGUGCUGAACAAGCAUUUAUAGCAGCAGAUUAUACAGUGGCUUAUGUUACUUGUGGAUGGGGCGUGGAGAACAUUGGUUUCGUGAUGAUAUGUUUUGGGGUCUGCAAUGGAAUAGCGUCUACAUUCAUUGGAGGAUUAUCAAGGAUAUUUGGAAGGAAAUUUUUUAUCAGCUUAGGAUUUAUACUACAUUUGUCGCUUAUUGUAGUUCUCCACUUCUGGAUGCCAGGAUCCAAGAGCCGGCUCGUAUACUUCGCUAUUUCUGGCUUCUGGGGAUUCUCAGAUGCUAUAUGGCUGGUCCAAAUACACUCUCUCAACAGCAUACUUUUCCAAGGAAAGGAGGAAGCAGCCUACAGCAACUUCCGUUUAUGGGAAUCACUUGGCUCUGUCAUAACAUAUGCUUACGGUCCUUUCUUGUGUACACAUCUCAAACUAUAUUGGUUGAUAUUUCUACUAUUCAUAGGAAUCAUUUGUUAUUCUGUUAUUGAGCAUAAACACUCUAGAAAGGAAAAAGAGGAAUCACUCAAAGGAACUAAAUUCACACCAAUAAAGAAUUGAAUAAGUAUUUUCACAUUUAUCUGAAUAGGAAAAAUUAAUGACAGAAUAAGGAGUCACGAUACGAUGAAGCUAUAUCGGGUUAAUCUUCAUUCACAAACUUUCAACUGUCAUUAAUGAAGAAGAUACAUUUGUAAAUUUUGUGCAUAAUAUGAAAUCAAUAAAUU